AUGCGUCAGGACAUGGAGGUGUGGAAGCAGGUGUUCCAGGAAUUAAUCCGGGAGGUGAAACCAUGGCACACAUGGAAACUGACACUAGACAAAAGCCUUCUUCCUAACAUCCUGAAGCCAGGGUGGACACAAUACCAGCAGUGGACCUUCGCCAGUUGGGAAAGCAGAGCCCCAGGGAUUGGGGGUGGGAGGCUGGGACUCUAUCCCAGGACUGAGGCCGUGCUCAUUGCCCUGCCCACCGACCCCUCGCCGGGAGAGGCCCACAACUGGGCCGUACUGAGCCAAGCUGAGGGUCUUGUCUUCUUUCUCCACGGGUUCCAGUGCUCCUCAUGCUCUCGAAAUUGGGCCUCUGCCCAAGUUCAGGUCCUUUUCCACAUGCACUGGAGUGAGGGGGAAUCCAGGGGCCAGGUGAAGAUGAGGGUCUUUGCCCAGAGAUGUCAGAAGUGCUCCCAGCCUUCGUUUGAGGUUCCCAAGUUCACAGAAGAGAACAUCUCUAGGAUCCUGAACAACCUGGUGCUGCAAAUUCUGAAGAAAUGCUAUAGAGAAGGAUUUACGUUGGUGGAGAUUCCUGUGAUCAAGGAAAUCUCUCUUGAAGGGCCACAUGACAGUGACAAUUGUGAGGCAUGUCUGCAGGGCUUUUGCAUGCAGGGUGAGUCAGGUCUGGCCAUGUGGUCACCAAUAUCUCCAUUACCUCCCACAAUAAGCUCACCCGUCCUCGGGAUCACCACCGAAAUACCUUCCCCCACGAGGAGUAGCACCGGAGGGGAUGCAGUGAAGAAAAAGAAGGUAUUACCCAGACAGUCGUUUCCUGAGACCACACAAGCUGAGAGCCUCCCCACUUCCUGGAGCCCGGGAGCAAACACCAACUUCCAGGCAGAGAGAAGAGACCAGAACUCCUUCAACAAUUGCACUUUCUAUUCCCACACAGCCCAGCAUACCAGGAGCUUAGGCAUGAGCUGCAGCUGUCUCAUCCUAAUAAUCAUCAUUGUAAUUGUGGUGAAAACCACUAUCUGAGCCUGGAAAGCAUGAUGUUGAGUUAAAAAAAUCAGACACACAGUCAUCUAUUGUAUAAUCCCAUUGACGUAAAAUAUUCAGAAUAGGUAAAUCUAGAGACGGCAAGUAGAUUUGUGGCUGCCAAACAAGGGACUGGGGGGAGAGAGGAAAUGGAGAGCAACUAUUUAAUCUGUAUGGGUUUUUUGGGGGGGGUGAUGAAAAUAUUUUAGAGGUGAUGGUUGCACAACACUGUGAAUGCACCAAAUGCCAUUUAUUUGUUCAUUUUAAAAUGGUUAAUUUAAUGUAAAUUUCACCUCAAUUUAAAAAAAAAGAACGCUGCAAUU